CCUAAAUUUCUCUGUGAGCGUAUCUAUACGGAUUUCUUCCCAUUUUCGUUUCUAAUUGUAGUUUUUUUUUUUUGAAUAGAUCAUUAAGCUGAUGAUGUCCAGAAAUUUUACAUAAAAAACAUUUGAUGUUUAAAUGGCAUGAAAAUGCCUUAAAUGUUGUGUGUUUGAGAGGAUUCAUUGUUUUAAUGCAACAACUUCUAAGAGUUCUAAAUCCCAGGUUUAUCCUUUUUAAUUGAGUUUUUUUUUUUUAAUUUUUUCAUUCAAUCAAACCGGCACAAAAUUAUCAGUUAUUUAGCAGUUAUGCUUACAACUCCGAUAAAAAUUUCUCGGGUCAUUUCUCAGAUAUUUAAGGAAAUUUUACAUUUUUGUUAUUAAGCCCAAUCUUCUUCUUCUUCUUUUCUUUUUGCCGUAAAAAGGUAUAUAUAUGUAUGAAAAAGAGAGAAUAUUCAGAGAAUAUAAUAGAAUGUGGGUGUGUUUCGUUGUUGACUAGUUUUAUAUAUUUCUAUUUCUAUUAUAUAGAUUGAGCUCAGGUGGUUUAAAGCAUGCGGGUUUUGUUCUCUUAUGAAGAAUGUUGGACAAAUGUUGCAGCAUGCAAGCUGAUUGAUUCCCAGAUUUUUUCUUUUUCCUGGGUAGGGGUUAUUCUGAUUAGGAGUUUAGCCUUUUUAAAAGGGUUCUGAGAUUCAUUCUUUCUUGGGGUAGUUGAUUUAGGUGUGUGUAGAGGAGCCUGGUGGAUGGGGACCCAGACUAUGGGAUCUCAUGGUGGUGGUGGUGGUGGUGGUGGUGGUAGUGGUGGUGUAACCCAAACCCAUUCUAGUGCAUUGACUAGGCAAGGCUCUUUGUACAGUCUCACACUCGAUGAAGUUCAACACCAAUUAGGGGAUUUGGGGAAACCACUUAGCAGCAUGAAUCUUGAUGAGCUUCUCAGGACAGUGUGGACCGCCGAAGCUAAUCAGGGAAUGGGUGGUGGAGUCAAUUAUGUGGCCACCCCGCACGGCCAACUUGCUUCGGCCUCUUCUUUGAAUCGGCAGUCAAGCCUUGAGCUCUCCCGGAAUAUGAGCAAGAGGACUGUUGAUGAGGUGUGGCAGGAUAUCCAACAGGGGCAGAAGAGAAGUAAUCUUGAUAGGAAAGCCCAAGAGAGGCAAGUUACUCUUGGUGAGAUGACGCUGGAGGACUUCUUGGUUAAAGCAGGGGUGGUAGCUGAAUCAUCUCCAGGGAGGAAUAAUUCAGGUCCUAGUUCAAGAGUUGAUCCAGAUGCAUUGCCCCAACAAAAUAUUCCACAGCAAGCUCAGUGGAUGCCCUAUCAGAUCCCCUCAAUUCAUCAGCAACUACAGCAUCAACACCAACAGAAUAUGCUGGCUGUUUUUGUGCCGGAACAACCAGUUCAACAGCCUCUUCCCAUAGGUACAAACCCAAUUAUGGAUGCAGCUUACCCUGAAACCCAGAUGACCAUGUCACCAUCACCUCUGAUUGGCACAAUAUCAGACACACAGACACCUGGACGUAAAAGGGUCAGCCCAGGAGAUGUGGUGGAGAAAACUGUUGAAAGGAGGCAGAAGAGAAUGAUCAAGAAUAGGGAAUCUGCAGCCCGGUCGCGAGCGAGGAAACAGGCAUACACCCAUGAGCUCGAGAACAAAGUUUCACUUUUAGAAGAGGAGAAUGAGAGGCUUAAGAGACAGAAGGUAGAUUUUCUCAUUUGUAACCCCUAUUUUCUUUACCUACAGUUUGAACUGAAGCCAUUUGAGUCAUGGGCUGGGCCAAGAAUGCUGUAUCCAUCAUGGAUGAGCUUGACAAAUAAUAGACCUGUGGCUUGUUUGAGCUUCAGCAGUGGAAAGUACUUUUGUGGAGCAAAUGUCUUCUCGAGAUCAGUAUAUGUGAAGGAAUAUAGUCAUCUCGAAUCACUUUAUGUGAAGGAAUAA